AUGCGUUUGUUCAGUACAGCAGCCCUCGUGGCCGCCUUGUUCGCAAUGAGCGUGAUAGCAGGGAUGGAACAGUUGGCGGCCGUUCUACCCUCGUGCGCGCUGGACUGUAUGACGAGUUCGAUAUCCCAAUCAUCGUGCGAGAAAACCGACCAGAAAUGUCUAUGCAAUGAUGCACAUUACACAGCCGUUCUCCAGAAGUGCGUCCUCACUAGUUGCACAAUUCAAGAAUCUCUAACUACAAAAAAUGUCACGACAUCAGCGUGCGGGGACCCUAUCCGGGAUCGCACAAAGAUUGUUUCUCAUGCAGGGGUUAUAGGUGGAGUUAUAGCACUUGUGGCUUUUAUUCUCCGGAUGGUAGCUCGUUUGGGAUGCUGUGGUGGCAUUUUCGGCGCGGAUGACUGGACUAUGAUGUUGACGAUGGUAUAUACAAAGUUCCCUUCCCUUAAAAUCGGAUUUUCAUCUCACUGGAAAUUGACAGACUUUUCUCAUUCCACUCUCGGCACUCUCAGUGUGGCCAAUGCAGGUUUGGGAAAAGAUAUGUGGACCCUUCCGUUCGACAACAUCACCCAUAUUCUCUAUGUAUACUUUUGGGAUGAAUUGAUCUAUCUGAGCAUUCUCCCGCUGACCAAGAUAUCAAUUUGUUGUUUCUACCUUCGGAUCUUCCCUGAUCGGCAGUUUCGGACAGCAACUUACGUGACAAUUGCACUGAACGUCUCCUACUGGAUUGCAUUUGUCUUGAUCUCGGUGUUCCAGUGUCGCCCUCUACCCGGAGCGUGGCACCGCUGGUAUGAAGAGGAAAACUACAAGUGCAACCAUAUCAACGCACAGGGCUGGGCAGCGGCAGCUCUCAACAUGGUCCUUGAUAUUAUUGUCAUGGUUCUUCCACUGCGCCAGCUAUACGGUCUCAACCUUUCCGUAAAACGGAAAUCAUACGUAAUGUGCAUGUUCAGCCUGGGCAUCUUCGUUACCCUUGUCAGCAUCCUACGGCUGAAUUCCCUCAUUCACUUUGCCUCUACCACUAACCUAACGUGGGACUACGUGACUGUUGGGUAUUGGAGUACUAUUGAAUGCGAUGUUGGCGUUAUCUGUGCGUGUCUGCCUGCCAUUCGAUCCUUGCUCCGUCGUGUAUCUCCCGGACUCUUUGGCGAUACCGAGCACGCCAAAUCAUCAUAUGGUCUGAACUCUCACUCCCGCGGGACUGGAUCUCAAUUUGCAGUUGUCCCUGUCCAGAACAAGAGUUCUAGUCGCCAAUUCUACCCACUUGAUGACGUGGACAACUCUGAUGAAGCCCGGCUACACCACCCACACCCGGUGUAG